ACCAUGAAGCUAAUAGAAUUUGUCAUAUGAAAUUUUAUCUCUUGUUUCAAAAGUUUUAAAUAAAAUACGGUUAUAGAUGAUUAGUUCUGUUGACUCGAGUCCAAUCUGUACAUUAAAUGAUACUAAUUUUGCACUAACGAUAAUAAUUAGACUGCGACUGUUAAUGCACAUUCCUAUUAUUCUAAAUAUAUAAUAUAAAUAAAAAUAAAGAAAAUAAGGAAAAGAAAUGCAUUUAAACACCCGCUUUCUCCUCUAAAUAUUAUAAAUUAUAUUUUGUAUUUCCUUGCAUAUGUAUUAUUACAUACUGUGUUACAUCAAAUUAUUUAAAAUUUCCGUAAAUGUACAAACAUCCGUAGCCUAUUGAUAACAAUUAAAUUAUACAUUUUGUACAAGAAACGAAGAACGCAAUAGUAUAAACGACACAUGGAAAGGAACAGUUUCUAUCCACUUCUCUUUAUAAAAUCUCGUCUUUUCUUUAGAUAUUGUCUGACAUAUUUAUUUAGUAUAAAAAUCUGCGUAGUCUAAUAAUAACGAACGACGAGGGGGGCUUAAUCAGAGUCAUCGAACCUCAUCUCGGUGAAACGUUUUAAUCUUAUUUUCCUCGCGUUCCAUAUGUGUAACUGUUUGCACAACGUUGACAAUCUACGAACGAGAUCCGCAUUAGUUAUUAUUAGGGCCCGAGACGUAUGGAUCAUUUCACGCAAUGUUUCACUACAAUACGUCCUCGUGCAAUUUAUGAACCGGUAUUUCCACGGAUUCGUUGUUUUCCGAAUCGUCGCCACAGCCUGAUGCUAUACGAGCAGUAAGUUAUUUGUAAGAAUUACACUGUUGUUCCCUCGCCGGUUCUAUUUAUUAACAAGUGAUCAAGCUUGCCAGAAUAGUUCGUUGUUAUCCAUGAAAAAUAGACAAAAAUGUUUUGUUGGAUAUAUGUAUACAUUAUUAAAAGUGUGAUGCAUCUUUUUCUUAAAGUAUUUCGCAUUAAUGACAACAAAGGAGGAAGGAUUUUUGUCGGUUCUAUUUAUUAACAAAUGGUCUAUUUUGCCUGAACAAUUCAUUAUUAUUUGUACAAAGUAGCUAAAAACAUUUCACUAAUUAUUGAAAAUGUAGAGCAUUUCUUCGAUAGAUUUUUUAUUAAUAAAAGUAGGGAAAAAAGGAUAUGUUGUCGUACUUAUGUUUCAUUGAACUUUUGUAAGUAAUAACUCGACUGUGGAUUUUUAUGCAUUUAUAAAAGACAUAAGAGUAUUAAAUUUUGAUCAUUGCACUCAAUGUGCAAAAGUAUAGAAAAUAUGGUAAGCAAAGUGGAUCCUAUGACUUUUAAUUCAUAAAAAUGAAAGGUAUAUCUAAAUUUCAUUACUUAACUCUGUGUCCCAAAUAUUUUAUUUUGCAUAAAAAUCCGCAGCCUACUGAUAACGCCUUAUCUUUGUUGGACGCAUCAUGUUGACCGAUAUUGUAUCAUAUGUAUAAUCUUAAAUAUCACGAAUCUAGUCCGUGCUAUUUUGCUAAAAUCAGUUAAUGAUUUCCCAAUCUAAUUUAGUUAUCUAUUUCACUUUCAUUCUUCUUAAUGAUAAAAUUUAAUUUUGCAUGAAAAUCCUAAAUAGAAGGUCUAUACAUAUACUAAUUUUCUUGCAGAAUAUGAGUAUGUGCCCUAAAAUUGUUUUUAAUCGACUAUUGAUUUGAAUGCACUGACUUCCCUAUUCUUAAUAAAAUUGCUUGCUUCGUGAGUUAAUCGCCUGAGCAGAGGGUUUGCAAAGUUACUCGUAAGCAGGAUUGAUAAAGAACAGUGUUUAUGACGUAUGAGAUAUAUCACAGCAUGAUUGAUACUAUCUGCAUGAGUUAACUCUACAAAAUCCUCGGCGUUCGCGAUCAGUUCUUAAACUGAUUAAAGACACCGAUCAGGCCUCGUUAAUACUAAUCGGUCAAAUCAUUUUUAAUAAUGCAUUGCAAACAUAUAAAUGAGAAGUUGCACACCGUCAUUGGGUCGGAAGUAACAUUCUCGCAAGUGAACGUGAUCCAUGAAUCGUGGAAUCGAGCAAUUACAAUUUUUCAUGUCAAACGUUUGAUGUAUGGUCGGUACACGAAGGACCUGGGCGAGUACGCGAAGGAAGAAGCUCGGAAGAUAAAAUACCACGACAAGGUGAGGCGGAAGUAUGACAAGACCAGAGCGGAAGAAGAGCUGCGAAAGUCGCGAAGGGGCCCGCUGUGCCGGAAGCUGGUAGCAUUGCUGGCCUUCGCCUGGAAGCACACCGGUGCUCGUCUCGGCGAGGACUGGGUCUUCCUGGCACUCCUUGGCAUAAUCAUGGCUUUAAUCAGUUACGCCAUGGACCGUGGCAUUUCCAUGUGCAACAACGCCAGGAUAUGGCUUUAUCAGGACCUGACGCACCACCCGGCGCUACAAUACCUCGCUUGGGUAUCCCUCCCGGUGUGUCUGACCCUCUUCAGCGCCGGCUUCGUGCACAUAGUCGCGCCGCAGAGCAUCGGCUCCGGUAUACCGGAGAUGAAGACCAUCUUACGCGGCGUGGCACUCAAGGAGUACCUCACUUUCCGCACCCUGAUAGCGAAGGUGAUAGGUCUGACGGCGACCCUCGGUUCCGGUUUGCCGCUGGGCAAGGAGGGUCCCUUCGUGCACAUCGCCAGUAUCGUGGCCACCCUUCUAUCGAAGCUGGUCACCAGCUUCCAGGGUAUAUACGAGAACGAGAGUCGUAACUGCGAGAUGUUGGCGGCAGCCUGCGCCGUGGGCGUCGCCUCCUGCUUCGCAGCACCGAUCGGUGGUGUUCUGUUCAGCAUCGAGGUCACCACGGUCUAUUUCGCGGUGAGGAACUAUUGGCGCGGAUUCUUCACGGCCGUUUGCGGUGCCACGAUGUUCCGAUUGCUGGCGAUUUGGUUCCAACGGGAGGAAACGAUCACCGCUAUGUUCGUGACCAACUUCACCAUGGAUUUCCCCUUCGACCCUCAGGAGCUGUUCGUGUUCGCUCUGAUCGGCGUCGGCAGCGGCCUUGGCGGCGCGUUUUACGUUUGGCUGCACAGGCAAUACGUGAUAUUCAUGAGAAAGAACAAGAGCAUGAACAGCUUCUUGCAGAAAAAUCGUUUCCUGUAUCCCGGGAUCGUUUCCCUGUUGGUAUCAUCGGUGUCGUUUCCCUUGGGACUAGGCCAGUUCAUGGCUGGCGACUUGAACACCCACGACCAAGUGCACGGCCUCUUUACGAAUUUCACUUGGACCGAACAAGAGUUGGGCGUCGAGGAAAUGAACAUAGUGAAACACUGGUCCACCGAGUAUACAGACGUGUUCAUUGGUCUGCUAGGCUUCGGUGCUUUUACGUUCAUCUUCUCCAUUAUAAGCUCGACGGUGCCGGUCCCGUCAGGUAUUUUCAUCCCGGUGUUUAAAAUCGGAGCCGCGCUGGGUCGGUCCGUAGGCGAGGCGAUGGCACUCUGGUUCCCAAACGGGGUCCGUUACGGCGGCGUCAUAACUCCUAUCGUGCCCGGUGGUUAUGCUACUGUAGGCGCGGCAGCGUUCUCCGGCGCGGUGACCCAUACGAUCUCUGUCAGCGUUAUCGUGUUCGAGAUGACCGGUCAAAUCACCCACAUCGUACCAAUAAUGAUCGCCGUGCUGAUCAGCAACGCGAUCGCCGCCCUUCUUCAACCGAGCAUAUACGACAGCAUCAUACUAAUUAAAAAGCUACCAUACCUGCCCGAUCUGCUACCCUCCAGUUCAGGGAUGUACAACGUGUACGUCGAGGAUUUUAUGGUCCGCGAUGUGAGGUACAUCUGGCACGGGAUCACCUAUCAGAAACUGAAGGAAAUACUGAAGGAAAACCGCAAACUUCGUGGUUUCCCUUUAGUCGAUAAUCCUGACUCGAUGAUCUUACUUGGGUCCAUUCAGAGGCUGGAAUUGAUUAAGAUGAUCGAGAAACACAUUGGGCGUGAGAGGAGAUUGCAGGUGGCCCAGAAGUGGCAUAAGGAGGCUGAGGAGCGAGCCCGGGAGGAAAUGGAGCGACAGUUGAGGGACCAAGAGAGAACCAGAAGGCCGUCCAGGUUUGAAGUAAUCCCAGCGCCAGAUAUUCUGAAGAUGCAGAGGCAAAGUGUCAACGAUCUAACGAUGUCGCCAAAUGGUUCCGCUCACGACCAUCACACGUACCACUCGCCAAUAUUUGGCUCGCAGCCGAAGAAGUCGAUCCUGAAGAAGACCAAUUCCUUCACGUUGAAGGGGUUCAGCCCGCUGGUCAGUCCGGCAGCUACUCCUUACACCACCGUCACAGGAGCUGAGAGCAGAAUACGGUUGGCGUUCGAGGCGAUAUUCCGUAAGUCAGCCACGUUGCAGGACGUGGAUCCAGAUCCGGAGAUCGGAAGGACUGGUCCGAGGCGUGAUAGCCAGGAAGUACCACCCCACACGCCGAUGUUGGCUCCAAGUCCGGCCACCUCGAAGAAAGUGCAAUUGCCUCGUGAGAGGGUGAUAGAUAUGUCGGCAGAGGACCAAAAAGGAUGGGAGGAGAGCGAAAUGGCGUUGGAGGUCGAUUUCUCCAGGUGUCACAUCGAUCCAGCACCCUUUCAAUUAGUCGAGCGGACAUCCUUGUUGAAGGUGCACAGCCUCUUCAGCAUGGUCGGGGUGAACCACGCUUACGUGACGGCCAUCGGUAGGCUGGUCGGAGUCGUUGGUUUGAAAGAGCUGAGGAAAGCGAUAGAGGACGCGAACGCGGGCAUCUUGCCGAUGCACCAAGAAUCCCAUAUCGGCGUUUCCACGUCCAGUCUAGCGAAAAGCGAGACGGACACCGAGAGCAAGAAUGCGAGUACAAUGAACUCGAUCGCCUCGGUCGACUGUGAGAAGGUUGAAAAAGUCUGAGCGUAUGGGACGAUAUGAAAGAGUGACAGAUAAGUAGAUGCAACAAAUUUAAUGUGAUAGUCGUAUCGCACGGCGUGUUACGGUACGACCCGAACGAGAGAUGUGUUUUCUUUUGUUAAUAAUAAAAUCUGUGACCGGAUGAAGAAAUGUGAUAGAAGUUUAGGAAGUUUUUCUUAAGAAUCGAGAUACUCUUUCAUCUUUCAUGAUGCAGUCGAAUCGGAAACACACGUGUAAUCUCGUAGCAUGUAAUUUAGACUAAGAGAAAUAUUUUUUAAUACCUUGUGAUUUUUCUUUGAAUCCUUUAGAAUUAGUGUAGGUGAGAUUAGUGAUCACGUUUUGUCAUACGGUCAUGGAUGUUUCCUAGCCUCCGCGUACGCGAAGCUCGAGCAAUAAAUCAUACUCUUAACCGCUUUCGUAGUUUACGAUCGCUAUUUAGAAACACCUCUCGUACUUAAUCGCGGGACAAGAAUCAUUCUCACGGCUUCCCACGAAACGCGAUGCAUGUUUCGUUAAACGUGUCGGUGUUAAACGUAGAAAUACACGGUUCACUUUGAUUAGACGAAAUAAGAAAGACGAAGUCUUAAACACUGAAUAUCGUUUCAUUGAAACUUUUAAAAUAAACUGAACCAGUACUAGUUAUCAUUAGACUGCGGAUUUUUGGACAACAUGUUUAUAGUUUCAGUAGUAAAUAGAAACUUAUUUUAUAUUUCAAAUAUUGCAAUAUGUAACUUGUAUGUAGUUAUUUUUAUGCAUUACAUGCAGUGUUUAUACUUUUUCUAAUUUCUUCAUAAAUACAUAAAAUCCGCAAUGUAGUAAAUCGUUAAUAUUGAACAGUUAAUAAUUUUUGUAUCAUGGAAAAAGGAAUUUAAUUAAAUUGAACCGUGCGUAUAUGCUCGAGAGUCGGUAAACAAUUUCCAAAGGACGUUGCUCGCGAUUUACUUUUUAUUUUCGCGCGGAAGCUUCCGGUACCGAAGAUUCGUAUCAGGGUCCUAUCAAUAUUUCCCUUUUAAUACCCUUAUCAGUAGCCCAACCAGUUAUUUCCAUUGCGAUUUUUUCUCUAACGUAUUCUAUAGUGACGCGUAGCCUAAUUAGAGAGAAAGGGGAGAGUUAUAGUUACCAAUAUACAUAUGUACGUGUACGUCUGUGAGUGAAUGACAUAGGAAAAAGGAAGGAAACUCUUUUGUUGACUUGGUGAUAUCAGUGCUCAAAGGGAUUCGAAGCUUCUCGUCAAUUAUAUUGUAUUAAUUAUUGCGUACGUGGUGCUUCAGUGAUUUUAACUGUUUUACGAGUCGCUUCGAUCUACGAAACUCGCGUUAUGUACUGUGAAUGCCAGUCAUUUCAAGCCUCAUCCGUCCUCGAAUUCUGUUUGUCUCGAACACGUUCCAUCUUCUCGCCAAGGAAUUAAAUGAAUUUGUCUAGAAUUAAUCAUUAAUUAAGAAAUUAAACGAAUUAAUCUGUGAUGUAAUGAUGAUUUAAUGAUCUUUUAAUAAUUUACUCAAAAAGUGAAAGCAUUAAAACGAUUUUUUUUAUCCUACAAAAGACGCAAGCUCCAUAAUUUUAACUUUGAUAUUAGAUUUGUAUUAGUUCAAGAACGCAAGGGACAAAUCGAAUGAACGAAGUAAAGGACGGGUGAAGAUCAAUUAAGUCGUGGAUUUUUAUGCACUUGUGACAAAUUUUUUAUCAUGAACAAAUAGAUUCUGUUGCAUAAUAAUCUGCGAUGAAAUCACGUGCGGCGAGGAGUGUGAUUUGUGAAAUGAAUUAUUUAAAAAGAUGGAACUGGGAGUGAAACUCUAGUGAUGUAACCGUUAACUUUUAUGACCAUGGUUGUGCCAACCUAUUUAUUUUAACCGUAAACGCGAGUACACGAUUUUAAUAUGCAUAAUCAAGUUGCGAACAUUCUCGAUGGGAUCUCUGUGAGAUUCCAUCACAAUUACGAUUAAACGUUUCAACUGUUAGAUCAUUCGUUGAACGACAUGCAUGGAUAUUUGAAAAAAAUAAUAUUGACAAAAUAUAUAUUUAAAAUUUUAUACAGAUAUUUAAAAAGAAAUUAAUUAAAUGUUAUUUUAUGAGUGACCUGAUGAUAAGAGUAUCAAAGGGCGCGUACAUAGAAUUUUUGAAGGGAACUGUGUUGGAUAUCUCGCACAGAAGAGCUUCUAUUAGGUUUUCAAAAGUCAUUCAUUAAAUAACAAAUUGUGCAUAAAUGCUACAAAAAUAAUAUUCACAAAAUAUAUAUUUAAAGUCUUAUAGAUGUCUUUUAAAGAAUAAUUAAAUAAAUAUUACUUUGUGAAUGUUUUAAUCCUAGGAUAGUCAAAGGACGUACACAUAGAAUAUUAGAAGGCGAAUGUGUUGGAUAUCCUGCAGAGGAUAGCUUCUAUUAGAUUUCUAAAAGUUUGUCAAACAAUGAAUUUUGUAUAAAUGCUUGACGCAUUUAUAUUUAAACCCUUGUACAUAUCUUUCUAAAGAAAUUAAAUAAGCGUCAUUUUGCGAAUGAUCUAACAAUAAGAGUGUCAAAGGACAUGGUAUAGAAUACUAGAAGACAGCUGUGUUUGAUAUCUCGCGCAGGAGAGAUUCUACUAGAUUUUUAGAACUAUUCUCCGACAGCAUAAUUGUAAAACGAUGUCUCAAUUAAUCUAGGACCAAGAAGUUGAUAAUAAUACGAUAUAAGACAGGCGUUUUCGUAGGGCAUUUUACAUUCCACCCGGACACCCCUUUUCCACGAUGCAUCCCAUUAUACUGUAUUGUCAAUUUAUUACACGCGAUUCGAAUGAAUGAAAGAAGCUUUACGUGACAGACGCACGCUAUCGCCAAAUAUUAAAUACGCUGUACAAUCGGAAGAAGACAUUGAAUAAUUUAUUGUAUUGUAUAUAUACAUACAUAUGUACAUACAUGAA